UACAUUUUCAUUGUUGAAUUUUCAUUGUUGAAUUUUCAAUAGGGUCAGAAAUAACGAACCUAGUAGUUUCUCUCUUCUUUUUGUUUUUUACUCAACGUUUUCCCUCUCAGUCAUUUCAUCAAACACUGAAGAGCAAUACCAUACUUGAUACUUCUAAUGAAAGGAAGCAAAUCCACGGUUUCAACCCUAGCUGAGAAAUGCAAGAAUAUUUUGGCGUCAAAUUGGCAUGGCAAUCUCAACACCAUUAAAGCUGAUUCGAAAGGAAGCAAGCAGGAAAUAUAUUCAUCAAGAGUGAAAUAUUUGCUCCGAAAGGGGAAACCGUAUAUUUGGGUUCCUGUAAAAGAUUCACAUAAUGUGAAUACUAUGAUUGAUGAGCGUGCUUCCUUUGCUGUUGCCAGGCCUUACCCCGGACCACUUUCAAAUUUACUUAGGUCAAUGAAAAAGCUUCCAGCUCGAAUUGCUUUGACUGGUGAAGUUUAUCCUUUAAGAGAAGAGAAGGUUAGGUCUGCCACUGAAAGUCUCAGGGAAAUGAUAAUGUCUGAACAGAAGGAAAUAAUUGAGUCAAGUUAUGCAGUUUCUGGUAUUUUGAGCUCUUCAACUUUUGGUCACACUUCUCGAAGUGAGAACCUCGUGGAGCUUCUGGAUAAUGAAGAAGAUCAUGCUGUUUACAAAUUCAAUGUCAGCUCUUGCAUGUUCAUUGAUGGGAAUGGUGGCAAUCAUGAAGUGGAUCCUGAUGAUUUUCGAACAUCAAAGGCUGAUAAAUUAUCCCCUUACGCUGCAAAGCUAAUUGAUGGCAUCAAUCAGAGUGAGAUAAGGCGUAGAACACUAGUUGUUUUAUGUAUUUCCCUCUUAAAUGUGAAUGCCAAGGAUGCCUACAUUCUGUCAGUAGAUCGCAAAGGCUUCGAUGUGCUGGCCAAGCUUCUUACUAGCGAGGGUGAAUACCAAUGGAAGGAAACCAGGUUCACGUUUGAAGAUGAGGCACAGAAUGUUGAAUUAUUUUGCAGUCAAUUAGUCAAGAUGGAAGAGGCAGCUCUAGAUAAAGUGAAGAGCUGCAGUGGUUUAGGAUAGAUUCUUAUAUUGAGUUCCUAACAGUGAAACCUGUUUGAUUUACCUGUUACUUGUAUUGUAUCUCUGCUUUGUAUAUGGUUGAUGGAUUCAUGGAUAUGAAAUAAUGUUACUGACUUACCGAGGGGAGCUUGGUGUGGUGGCAGAUGUUGAAUUAUUUUGUAGUCAAUUAGUCAAGGUGGAAGAGGCAGCUCUUGAUAAAAUGAAGAGCUGCAGUGGUUUAGGAUAGAUUCUUUAUAUUGAAUUCCUAAAAUGAAACCUGUUUUUAUUCA